AUGACGCUGAUCCUGGUUGCGAUAGCCGCCACCUGCGCCGCACCGGCGCCGGAAUCGGGCGACAACAACCUCACCAGCGACAAGAAGGAGCCAACGACUCACGAGCUCUUGAGCUCCCUUGGCCUGAAGAAGCUGAGGGUGCCCGCGGCCCACCACCGAAAACGGCUGGCGGAGCAAGGCAGGCGGCACGGCACCGGCGACUCCAGGAUGUACGUCAUCAAGCUGCCCCCCAACACGAGCUACUACAGACACGUGGACCCCGCACCGGCCGUCGCGCGGACCCUGCCCCUCCAGAUGACCAGCAACGGGAAACCGGCCCGUGUAUACCACUGGAACCUGCCGGUGCUGCAGAAGAUCGCGAAGACGAGGCCUCAGGCGAGGUUCGACGAUGACGUCAUUGACGUGGAAAGCACCCCUACAUGGCCAAAGGGCGCGAACAACCACCCGAACUCACUGGAAGCACUCGCCUACUACGUGCCAGCGAAGAAGACCUCCUUCAGGAAAUACUACUCGGGCAACGGGAAGCCGAAAUCGUUCUACGUGCUCGAGAAGAACAAGCACUCCGCGGAGUACCACAAACUUUUACCC